AGGAGAAAGGCGAUCUCUCGAUCGAUUCAGUGGAUCCAGAAGAGAGAGAAAAGAAGGGGAUCCUGGAAGAAGACUGAGGAAGGGAUGCUCUGCAGGGAAGCCUAGUUGGUCGGAGCAGGAUGGGGCUCCCUGUCUCUCUGUGAGCCUCACAGAGAGGAGGAUCUUUUGGGGAUCUGUUGGGGGAUCUGUUGGGAUCAUGGAGAGCGCCCACAGCUCCACCGCCGACCAGGUCCUGCGCCACUUCGGCGUCCGAGAGAGCUGCGGGCUGAGCCCAGAGCAAGUCCGGAGACUCCGGGAGAAGUAUGGCCCCAACGAACUUCCGGCUGAAGAAGGGAAGUCACUUCUGGAACUCAUCUUGGAGCAGUUUGAAGAUCUCUUAGUGCGCAUCCUCCUCCUGGCUGCGUUCGUUUCAUUUAUCCUUGCCUGGUUUGAGGAAGGCGAAGAAACCACCACGGCGUUUGUGGAGCCUGUGGUCAUCAUCAUGAUCCUCAUUGCCAAUGCGGUGGUGGGGGUCUGGCAGGAGAGGAAUGCCGAAAGUGCAAUUGAAGCUUUAAAGGAAUAUGAACCCGAAAUGGGGAAGGUGAUCAGAGCAGACCGAAGUGGAGUCCAACGUAUCCGAGCUCGAGACAUCGUCCCAGGAGACAUCGUGGAGGUGGCAGUCGGUGACAAGGUGCCCGCCGACAUUCGGAUCAUUGAGAUUAAGUCCACGACAUUACGGGUCGACCAGUCCAUCCUUACUGGCGAAUCCGUCUCCGUCAUUAAACACACCGACCCCAUUCCAGAUCCCAGGGCUGUCAACCAAGAUAAGAAGAACAUGCUUUUUUCUGGCACCAACAUUGCUGCUGGCAAGGCCGUUGGGGUGGUCAUUGCCACGGGGGUCUACACAGAAAUCGGGAAGAUCAGGAACCAGAUGGUGGCCACUGAGCCCGAGAAGACCCCCUUGCAGCAGAAGCUGGACGAGUUCAGCCAGCAGCUCUCGAAGGUCAUCUCCUUGGUCUGCAUCGCCGUCUGGGUCAUCAACAUCAGCCACUUCAGCGACCCGGUUCACGGAGGCUCUUGGUUCCGGGGCGCCAUCUACUACUUCAAGAUUGCGGUGGCCUUGGCGGUGGCUGCGAUCCCCGAGGGGCUCCCGGCGGUCAUCACCACUUGCCUGGCGCUGGGCACCCGCCGGAUGGCCAAGAAGAACGCCAUUGUGAGGAGCCUCCCCUCGGUGGAAACCCUGGGCUGCACUUCGGUCAUUUGCUCCGACAAGACUGGCACGCUGACAACCAACCAGAUGUCUGUCUGUAGGAUGUUCGUCGUCGAGAAAAUCGAGGGCAUUCAUUGCAGUUUGCACGAGUUCACCAUCACCGGCUCGACCUACACUCCGGAGGGGCAAAUUUUGAAGGACGACCUCCCAGUCCAGUGUGGGAAAUUUGACGGCUUGGUGGAGCUGGCGACAAUCUGUGCCCUUUGCAACGACUCCUCUCUCGAUUACAAUGAGUCCAAGAAAGUCUACGAAAAGGUGGGCGAAGCGACUGAAACAGCGUUGACCUGCCUGGUAGAGAAGAUGAAUGUUUUCAACACCGACACCAGCAACCUCUCCAAAGUAGAGAGAGCCAACGCUUGCAAUACGGUGAUCAAACAACUCAUGAAGAAGGAGUGCACCUUGGAGUUUUCUCGGGAUCGCAAGUCCAUGUCCGUUUACUGCACGCCGGUGUCCAAAGGCCACAACUCCUCCAGCAGCAAGCUCUUUGUCAAGGGUGCUCCAGAAAGCGUCAUUGAGCGCUGCAACUACAUCCGCGUCGGCAGCACCCGCGUUCCCCUGACACUCUCCACCAAAGAGAAGAUUCUCUCCAAAAUCAGGGAUUGGGGCACCGGCAUUGACACCUUGCGCUGCCUCGCCCUGGCCACCAGAGACCACCCGCCCCGAAAAGAGGACAUGCGCCUGGAUGACUCCAGCCAGUUUAUUAACUAUGAGACCAACCUGACUUUUGUGGGAUGCGUGGGGAUGUUGGACCCUCCCCGGAAGGAAGUGAUGUCCUCCAUCGAGAUGUGCAAAAAAGCUGGCAUCCGCGUCAUCAUGAUCACGGGAGACAACAAAGGAACGGCGGUGGCUAUCUGCCGGAGGAUUGGGAUCUUCUCAGAAAAUGAGGAUGUGACGGACAGGGCCUACACGGGCCGGGAAUUCGAUGAUCUCUCGCCAGAGGCCCAAAGUGACGCCUGCCGUUCAGCUCGAUGUUUUGCCCGGGUGGAACCAGCCCAUAAAUCCAAGAUUGUCGAGUACCUUCAGUCAUUCAACGAAAUCACAGCCAUGACAGGCGACGGCGUGAAUGAUGCCCCAGCUUUGAAGAAAGCCGAAAUUGGCAUCGCCAUGGGUUCUGGCACAGCCGUGGCCAAGUCAGCUGCUGAGAUGGUCUUGUCCGAUGACAACUUCUCCACCAUUGUCGCUGCGGUGGAAGAGGGCCGAGCCAUCUACAACAACAUGAAGCAGUUCAUCCGCUACCUCAUCUCCUCCAACGUGGGAGAGGUGGUCUGCAUCUUCCUGACAGCCAUCUUGGGUCUCCCUGAAGCAUUGAUCCCUGUCCAGCUGCUGUGGGUGAACCUGGUGACGGACGGUCUUCCGGCAACGGCUCUGGGUUUCAAUCCCCCCGACCUCGACAUCAUGGAUAAGCUUCCCCGGAACCCGCGAGAGCCUCUCAUCAGCGGCUGGCUCUUCUUCCGCUACCUUGCUAUCGGAGUGUAUGUUGGAUUUGCGACUGUGGGUGCAGCUACCUGGUGGUUCCUGUAUGACACUGAAGGACCACAAGUUAGCUUCUAUCAGCUGAGGAACUUUAUGAGAUGCACAGAGGACAACCCCAUCUUUGAAGACGUCGACUGUCAAAUCUUCGAAUCCCGCUAUCCGACCACCAUGGCGCUCUCGGUGCUGGUGACCAUUGAGAUGUGCAACGCGCUCAACAGUGUCUCCGAAAACCAGUCCUUGCUCCGGAUGCCCCCUUGGCUGAACAUCUGGCUCCUGGGUGCCAUAGUUGUCUCCAUGGCCCUCCAUUUCCUGAUCCUUUAUGUGAAGCCUUUGCCUCUGAUCUUUCAAGUGACGCCGCUUAGCUGGCCCCAAUGGGUGGUUGUGUUGAAAAUCUCCUUGCCGGUGAUUCUCCUGGACGAAGGCCUGAAGUACCUCUCUCGCAACCAUUUAGACGGCAAAGAGAUCAAGGCAUGAAUGGCGCAAAGGACGCUCCGUCCCUCCGCAAAAGAAACCCUGCGUAACUCCUAACUGGGACUUGGAAGAAUUUGCAUGCUUGAACAUCACCAAAAGCCACCAAGGAAUAUGCAUGUGUUUUGAUUUUUUGAAGUCUCGGACUCAAUGCGGGUGAAAUGAAAAACUGAUUUUUUUUCUUUUUCGUUGGUUUGUUUUGGGUUGUUUUUUCUUCCUUUUCCUUUUCCGGUUUUUGUUACGUAGCUCUUUUGUUUUUCUGUACAUAUUGGUGCAAAUACUGGACAGCUAAAUUAUGGGUUUGGGGUGGGUGCCGGGCGGGGGUAGCCUUUGCUUUGCAACGGGGGCACGGUAGCUGGAUCCUUAGAGGUCUGCUUCUGAAGAAUUUUAGGUCUUUCCCACCCCGUAAUGUUCUUAUUUCCUCCCUGCUCUUUCCUUCCUCGCUGCCCUAAUAAUAUGAUUUUCUUAACUUGAAGUGGAGGGAAGUCAAAGUUGAUGAUGAGUUUCAGGAUGAGGGAUGGGAUGAGCUAAAUCCUAUAUUGCACAGGCGGCCACUUCCAUUUUUCUAUCUCCCCGAUAACCAGCUCUGUGGAGUUUUCCAGCUGGUUUGCAGGAACCCAUGGGGCCGCAGGGGUAAGAAGAAUGAGCAUCGACUGAAUUCCCUAUUUUGUCAGGAAGAUCCAGCAUGCAACCACGAUAAAUCCUUGUUGCUGGUAGGCUUGCAGCUCAAGAGUGUGGUGAAUCCGUUAUUCCUGACUCUCCUGGGCCCAUAACCUGUUUUGAGGGUAGGCUUGGAUGGCUGCUUGGAUGUUUCUAGUGGAACCUGGCAUGGAUUCAUUGCACCCCUGACUUGGAAGCCACCAGCUUUCAUUGGUUAGACACAGCUCCCGGUAAGGAUAGGGAAUAUGGAGAUGGCUUUUGGGGCAAAGUCUGUUGACAGUAGGAGAAACAGGAGUGGGACGUCUUGAUGCUCUCACCUGGAAGCUUAAAGUGACCCAGUGAUCUGCUUCCAUCUUGGGACCUUUUCCCCUCUCCACCGGUCUGAUAAGUUACCUGUAGUUUCCUCCCUGUUGCAAGAGCUUGUUAGAGACUCACAUGCCUCAGGUUUCCAAGUUCUAGAGUCCAGACAGCUCUGGAUUUGGGGAGAUGGUUGCAGGUCAACUGCAGGCCCAUCGUGAGAAAUAUUUGUGAGCAGAAAAGGUUGGCAUGGCCUGCCGCAUGGAACAGCCACAUCCCAGCCACAUUUGCAAAGAUUGGUCCUGUGACACUUGUAGGCAUUUGCUUUGCAGCUGGUUGAGUUCAAGAGUCAGGGACUCCCUGCUUGGGGAAAGCUAGGAAGUCAGGGAGAAGGAGCCUAGCCUACUUUCCUGCUCAACAUGUUGGCUUUUCUCUGCAUUGAAAAUGUUGUUCUCCGUGACACGAAUUGGCCAUUUUAUAACGAGAACCUGGGCCCAUAUAUAUGAACGUAUAAGAAAAUGUGUUUCGGGGAGGAAGUUGUGGGAAGCUUUUCCGGCAUGAGAAAAAAGGGGGAAGUGGUGCGCCAAUGGUGCGCCGUUGGAGACUAGCAGCUUGAAUUUAGUGCAGAUACAGUAGGAGCCUUGCACCUGAGGAAGGGCAUAGUAACCCAGGAGAGCUCAUGCUAUGAUAAAUCUGUCGUUUCAAAGGGGCUCCAGGAUAUAUUUUGUGUGAAUGGGAGCUGGGCAACUGUGGGGGCACAUUAGUACCCCUAACAAGGGUUGCACCUUCAAUGCACCUCCUCUGCAAAAUGAAUGAAAACAUUCCCCCCAGAAUGUUUUUUGCAAACACUAUUGAUGCUCAUCUCUUUGUGGGAAAGGAUCGGUUAUUGAUUUCCAUUGCCCACAGUUGUUUUCAUUCCUGCUUCUUGGAUUGGCAUCAUCCAAUGGCCAAAUCCGAUAGGCAACAGAGCAUUGGGAUGUAUCCUUUCCAUGUUGUCAUCAUUGGACAAAUGGAACAGCAUAAUAAAAAGCAUUCAUCUAAAUUGGUGCCCAUAGGGUUUCUCAUUUGCUGGAAUCUUUCCCUAUUUAGAAAAUCAUAAAUGGGGAACCUUUUCUGCAAAGGUCUUAUCUAUUAAGAAACAGAAAGAUAAGAGUAUCAGGGGAAAGCCAUGACACUGAAACCAGGAUCCAUUCCCAUUUUGAUUGUGAAUGUUUAUGUGUCUUUUAUUAUAUAUACAUAUGAAUGUAAAGGACUGGUGGCUUUGCUGUUUUAGGGUGUAAAUCCGUGCUGGGCUUUGCCAGGCUGUCUUCAGAUUUAACACAGCGAAACAGUGGCUCCUGUGUCAGUCGGGCAAUGAAUCCGCUCCAGGUUUUGGAAAGGUUUAGAAAGAGCUGUCCAGGGAUGGAGAUCAGUACUUUGAAAGCCUUGAUGAAAACCUGGAGCGGAUUCAUUGCCCCACUGACAUGGGAGAUAUCCCCAAAUAGCUCAAAAAAGAUCUCCUCUAAAAAUGAGUGUAAAUUCACUGCUCCAAAGCAAUAGAUGAACCCACUUCGCCACGAGGGAGAUAUUUUCCAUUACACUUCCCAAGGCUUGCUACUAAAUAGAAAUGUACAGGUUGCAAUGCUAGGCUCACUUAAGCAUCGCUCAGUUCCCAGGCCUUCUGAGUAGACCUUAUAGGAUUGCUCUAUUACACUGUAAGGCCUUUUUAUUCCCCGCAAGACUACGAGUAAGCCAUAUAUUAAAGCACUUACACUAUCGUUUCAAGAGGUCGGAAACUAAAACUCUCCCUCCGAGUUCAUCCGUGAUUGUUUCCCUCUUUUUUAAUUUUGAAAAGGAAACCUGUUGACUUUUGAAUGUCUUCAGAGACGGCGUUUAACGUGACAAUCCUUUGGAAGGUACACGCCGAAAGCAUGCGCGGGGUCCUCCCUUCCCUUCUUUUUUAUCACCAGCAUUGUAUAAAAUGAAAGUGAAAUGUUAAAUUCAGACACUGGGACUGUCGCCAGGCCUCUGGGAAUGUAUAGACUAUUGAAUAUUAUACUACUGAGUCGGUUGGGGCUGUACAGAGCGGAAGAGAAAUCUUUGCAUGAAAUGUCGUUAACUGUAUUUAAUAUAUAAUUGUAUCCGAGGGAUUUUAAUAUGGAGCUUUUUUUGGGGAGGGAGGGAUUGAGGGAGGGGACUUCUUUAUAGAAACUGUGUGGUUCCGACCGAGUUGUUUUAAGAAACAGAAAG